AUACCUUUCUAAGAAAGUCUACAGAAUCAUAAACGUCAGUGAACACCAUUUAUUUCAUCUAACAAUAAGCGACGACUUGCGUACAACUGACACCUUUAUUCCACACACUCAUGCUAAUAGGCCAGCAGUAUGCCCCGAGCGUGACUCGAAGCUCUGUCUACCAUGUCGUGAAAUUUAUAAAAGCCGAUAUAGUGUUUAAACAGCGCAGUCGGCAGCGGCGCUUACUAACAAUCGGAAACUGAACGUUCGAGUAUUGUAAUGGAUAAAAGUCGACGGUUUACAGAGUAUUUGUUUGCGAAAAUGGGCCCCGGGGACCGAGGGCCGAAGACUACGGAAGAAAGGUGCGCGCCCGUAGAGCCGACGGGAUGGAAGAAGUGUUUGGCUGACAACACCAUGCUGGUUGUCACUUUGGUCGGCGUCCUCAGCGGCAUUGGAAUUGGUUUUGGCCUCCGUCCAUACCAACUCGGCCCUGACACCCUCAUGAUCAUCUCGUACCCUGGCGAGCUGUUCAUGAGGCUGCUCAAACUCAUGAUCCUGCCUUUAAUCAUCGCCAGCCUCAUAGCCGGUUCAGCAAGUCUCAACGCGAAGAUGAGCGGGAAGAUUGCAGUCAGGACCCUCCUCUGCUUCAUUCUCACAUCCAUGUUCAACGCCUUUCUGGGCAUUUUACUUUCGGUCCUCAUCCAUCCUGGACAGCCGGAGUUGAAGGACGAGAGUGUAGGGAACAUUGAAGGGAAACGGGAUCAUAAUAUUUUGGACAGCCUUUUGGAUAUUGGGAGAAAUAUCUUCCCGGACAACAUUGUGCAGGCCGCGUUCCAGCAGGCGCACACAGUGUACGUUGAGAAAAGCAACAUUUUCGCAAAAAACGCCACUGAUAACGACACGGUGCCUGACUUAGUCAGAGUUGUGUCUUAUAGAUCGGGCACGAACACUUUAGGUCUGGUAUUUUUCUGCCUGGUGUUUGGCAGCUUACUCGGCACCCUGGGCAGCAAGGGUCAGGUGGUGAUAGACUUUUUCCAAGCCAUCUUCGAGGUGAUCAUGAAGAUGGUGACCGGGGUGAUGUGGUUCACUCCAGUGGGAGUUAGCAGCAUCAUAGCUGGGAAGAUCCUUGGCGUUGAUGAUGUAGCGCAGGUGAUGUCCCAACUGGUGUGGUUCAUCGCGACGGUGACGGCGGGAGUGUUCCUCUAUCAGCUGGUGGUGCUGCAGCUGGUGUACUUCUUGUUCCUCCGGCGGAACCCCUACAAGUUCUACUGGGGGCUGUCGCACGCCAUGCUCACAGCUUCUGCUACUGCUUCCACGGCGGCGGCGCUGCCGGUGACGUUCCGCGCGAUGGAGGGCGCGCUGCGCAUCGACGCGCGCAUCACGCGCUUCGUGUUGCCGAUCGGCUGCAACAUCAACAUGGACGGCACCGCGCUGUUCCUCGCCGUCGCCGCCGUCUUCAUCUGCCAGAUGAACAGCAUGCAUCUCGGGUUCGCGCAGCUGGCUACCAUAUUUUUGACGUCAACGGCAGCGUCGAUGUCAUCAGCAUCAGUGCCGUCGGCAGCGCUGGUGUUGUUGCUGGUGGUGCUGGCGUCAGUGGACGCGCCCACACACGACGUCUCUCUGCUCUUUGCUGUCGACUGGCUUGUUGAUCGCAUACGAACAACAAACAACAUGCUGGGCGACUGCUACACGGCGGCCGUGGUGGAACACCUCUCCAAGAAUGAGUUGAUGGCGUGUGAUGCUGUGUCUAUUGAAGCAACAAACGGUCUUACGCCAAGCACUGAAGCGGACACUGGGAUGGUAACUCCUGGGAAGCGAUCCAUGAUGUCCGAUGACGUCAUCAUUGAUGUCCAGGGGAACUCCGUGCAGCGGAUAUAGGUAGCGUAUAAGGGUCGGAUUUAUCCUAGAUUUUGGGUUUAGGGUGGUAAAACGAAUUGCAGGUAAUAUUAAGUAGUAUGUGAGCUGGGUUUUGUUCGUGGAUUUUGAUGUUCGCUUUGCUGGUAGUAGGAUAUUUGGACCCCGAUAACGACCACCAUAUGCAAAGUGUAAAACACGCCAUAGAGCCCCAUCUAAGUGUGUUAUGUUCUAGGAUAUGUCCGAUGUAAAAUAGGCCGGCAUAAUUAUGUCGAUUAGUGAGGGAUAAUCACCUCUUUUCAAACCGAUCUGGACUACUCUAAUUAUCAUCAGGAGCAAGGCGGUCACUUCGCCGUCCUCGUAUAUAGAAAAAUCCAAGUGUCAAUUGAAACUUAUUCUUCAUUUAUAAUGUAGUCCCACCUAUUAUGUAUCGAUCGGUACAAUAGCGCUCUGAGGUCCUGGGUUCGAAUCCCGGGUCGGGCAAAGUGAUAUUUGGGUUUUUCUGCUCAGUAUCAGCCCGGAGUCUGGAAUUUGUGCCCGAUAUGGCGAUAGGCUCGCCCCCUAUCACAUCAUGGGACGGAACAUACUUGGCGAAAAGUGGGUGCCCUAGUUGCGCCUCUGCAUACCCCUUCGGGGAUAAAAUGCGUGAUGUUAUGUAUGUAUGUAUGUUUUAUUAAACUAUAAUCUCCAGGGCAAAGUGUUUUCGGGUUUUCCUACUUAAAGCAGCCCGUUGGGCAUUUGUUGCCGAUUUGGCGAUAGGCUAGCCUCUAUCACAUCAUGGGACGAAACACACGAGUGGGUGUCCUGGUUGCACCUCUUCGGGGAUAAAGGGGAGAUGUAUGUAUAAUAAUUUAUUAAAGUCCAACAUUAUAGCUUGAACCAGGACUUCUCAUUGACUCUAGGUUUUACAGAACUUUUUUUUUAAAGUUAUCUGCGAAUAAAACCCAGUAGUAUUGUAUUCUAUUAAAAAUAGAAUUUAUAUAACCGAUGCAAUACCUUCUGAUUAUAAUGUGAUGUCAAUUGUAGAAUGGAAUAAUCUUGCACGUAUUAUAGUGUAAUAUUAAAUUAAGGGAAUUGUAUGGGAGAUUUGGAAUAAUAACGCAUAGACGGAAUUAAGUAAUAUGGUGUAUAUGAAGUUUAAUAUAAUUAAAUGUAAAAUGUAUACACAGUAAAAUGAAGUAAGCUUAUAUGUGGAUUUCAUGAUGUAAGGAAAUACAAUAUUUGACCUUAUUGAAUAUUAUAUUUGGUCUAUCGUAAAUAAAAACCAGUGUGGUAAAAUAUCAGAAAAAAUAACGUCAGAAAGGCAGAUUUGCAUAACAAAAUAUACCAAAGGUAAUUCAGUUUACUCUUAUUUUGCUAUGCGUUAUUAUUCUAAGUAUAAGGUCAGUUUAGAAGAAGUGUUUCAGAACGUGAUCAAGAUGGCGUUCGUGAUCGUCGACCAUUUUUUGUACUUCUGUAGGCGUUUUGAGAGAAUUUUGGAAUAUUUACUUGAUAUAUUUUAAAUCUGUCGAUGGCCUAUUUGCCAAUGUUAUCCGUAUUUUUGCGGUAUAUCAUCUAUUAAAAUGAUUUGUAUACGUUUGGGUUACGGGCGGUGCCAAAUGUGUGCAUGUAAUCACAUUUUCUUUGAUUGUUAAAGCGUCUGUGUUGACGUAUUAUGUUUAGAUGGACGAGUCGUUUGUGUAUUCUGUAGAAUAUAGGAUUUUCUUUAGAUUAAUUGUCAUCAUCAUUGCCAUCAUCAGAUCGUGGUAAGCCGUCGCUGGACACAGCCUUCUCCUGUAUCUCUAGUCUUAGACUUACCCAUCGGAGAGCUGUUAGAAGUAUUUUUUGAAACUCCAUCUGAUUUAAUCAUUCAGUCUUCAUAGAUAUGAUUUUAUUGCUUUUGUAUUUUUAUGUCAGUCCACCAUUUAGCAAAUUGUGACGUGUUAUGUAAAUUAAUAUCACUAGAGACGCAAACGACUCGUUUCUGACUUUGCUUUAUUAUCGAAUUCUUUGAUUAUUUAAUUCCUUCAUCUUUCUUUUAUUGUGAGUAAAUAAUGAUUAUGGAAAUAAUUUUGAUUGUUUUAGCUCUUAGAGAAUUUUGGCAAUGAAAUUUGCAAAUUUUUGGGAUAGCAACAUUUCUCCUCUAUUCUUUCAAAGUUAUUUGUCUGAUAUAAUUUUAUGGGAAAAAUAAUAAAUAUUUAAUACAUUAACGAGAUAAGUAACAAUUACUGAAAUAAGCAUGAAGAAAACUUUUGAAUUAUUUAUUUGGAAUUGUGUCUUUUUCAGUUUGAUCCAUAAUACCAAUUUUUACUCACAAUAAAUUAUUUUUUAUAUUAAUUCGUUAUUUAGCUGAUUAAGUUUACAUUCGUAGAUUACUUUAGUGAAUUUCGUAGUAAAGCAUUUAUUAUAUAAAUUAAAUGUACCAAAAACUGUUGUAUGACCUACAAUGUUUUGUCAUCAAUUUGUCUCUUGUCAAUAAGUAGAAUGAAUGAUUUUGGAAUAUCUUUGAGAUCGGCAAUUAGAAAAGAUCGAAUAUUUUCGAUUUGUAACUUUGAUUCAAUCAUUUACUUACAUCACAUAAUCAAGUUACAUCUUUCUUUUUAUGAAUAUUUUUCGUUUAAUACGCGUAUCCAUUUGGUCAACAAAUCUAAAGUUAGAAAGAGACUGUUCGCGAACUACAUUAUCAUCUUUAACUUCUUGAUCUAAGUAAUGUACUUGUGUCGGCUUGUAUUAGUAUAUGUAUACUUUAGAAUAAUAUACUUACUUUUUAUAUACUCAUAUAAGUAGACAAUGUUUUUAUAUCUAAUCUUCGAGGCAAGAUGUUUCGUAUUCUAAAUUUUGUCUAGUUAGGUUUGUGUUAAUGAGAGAUAAAUAAGCUCGAGAAAUUUAGGAUUCACAUCAGCUUACCCCUUCGAGGAAACAAUCGUAAGCUAAUGUAAUCUAUUUUUAAGCAUUGUGCAGUUUAUUGUAUUCGUUUGGAUAUGUGUACGUAUAUUUGGCUCAUGGAUAACACUGAAAUUAAUCAGGGUAAAAUUAUUAGGUUUUGUUUCUACCCGUUUUGAGGGAUCGUAAAAAGGCUGUUUUUAAAGUCAGUUCACACUUAAAUAAAACCCAAUUCCGAUAGAAUGUAUUUUACAUCGAUGUGUUUGUUUGAUACUUGUAGCAACUAAUUCUUGGGUCUAGAAUCUUAAAUAUUUUUGGAGUUGUCGUCAGGCAAGCAAUGGUUGAAAUGAUAACCAAUCAAAAAUUACGCAUUAGACUCUUGUUGUUCAAGUUCUGAGCUUUGACUGUGCUCUCAAAGUGUAUCCUUAUAAAAUUGUUACUAACAAUAAUUUUUCAUGUGAAUAAGACUUCUGUCAUUCAAUGUAUAACCUUUAUAUUUUGCUUUUAGUUGAUUGAAUGCUCUCAGUUUUCAAAAUAAUUUUAUAAUUGCCAAAUCAAGCAUUGUAUUAAGAUCAGGGGCUCCUAUUCCGUCUACGGGGUAUGGUAAAUAGAGGAUUUAUUUACUCUUACAUAAACGGCUAUCGAAGCUAUCCUUCGAAUAAAACACCCGUAAUAAUUGCUAGACGGAUUCGCCCCUAUAGACGGAAUAACCGUACAAUAUUUUGCAUUGUGGGUAUGGACCCGCAACUAUUAGGAAAUUCACGGGAAUUUGACCCUUCUGGUAUCAGAUAUUAUAACCAACCCGUUUCUAUAAUUAUGUAAACAAGUGUCUCUAUCUUUCUUAGGUACGGCGCCUGGUUCUCAUGCGCCAUCAUUUAGCUAAAUGAUCAAAAAUGUAAUGUAGUUAUUGCUAACUGUGAUAAAAUGUAUUCUGUUGUAGGUUUAUUAACGUUCAUUAUGCCGUGUGAGGUUCAGAGAUGUGAUUUCGGUGAAUAAGUAUAUCAUAUUAACAAAAUAUAUUUCAUUUAUUA